CUAACGCUCAGCAUCCCAUCUUCGUUUGACCCGUGAUCCUAGUCGUGAGGUCUACCUUUUCAGAAAAAGACCAGCCCACCAACCACCUUGCAUCCAGCCUCGCAUCUCGUCAAGCACAAUGUCCGCUCCCAACCCGAAGGCCUUUCCCCUCGCCGAUGCUGCGCUCACCAACCAGAUCUUGGACCUGGUGCAGCAGGCUAGCCACUACAAGCAGUUGAAGAAGGGAGCUAACGAGGCUACCAAGACUCUCAACCGAGGAAUCUGCGAGUUCAUCAUCAUGACCGCCGAUGUCGAGCCCAUUGAGAUCGUGCUUCAUCUCCCUCUGCUCUGCGAGGACAAGAAUGUACCCUACGUCUUUGUCCCCUCAAAGACGGCUCUGGGUCGUGCUUGUGGAGUCUCUCGACCAGUGGUCGCAGCUAGCGUCACGACGAAUGAGGCGAGGGAACUGCAGAGCCAGAUUCAGACGAUCAAGAAUGCCAUCGAGAGGCUGUUGAUCUGAGCUCAGUCGGGCCGCUGGACUGGAGGUGGGAGAUGGAUGGGAGUGAUGUGGGGUGGGUCAGGAAUGGGAAUGAAGGGGAUGGGCUGACCAGGAGUGAUUCAAUGCAUGGACAAGAGCAAUGUCUUGAUCAUCAACGAAUCAACGAACCAUGGUGAAGCGCUACCCAGCCGCCUUGAAGGCGCCUUUGCUGGACCUCCUACAAGGCCGGCCUUGGUGGUGGUGUUGAGCCGGACGCAAUCUGUCUCAACACCAUGCCCCUCCUCCUCUACCUCUCUUGUCCCCUCGUUCCCAUGUCAUCCUUCUUGACGCUGGUCACCUCAAUUGUAACAACACAUGUCUCCUUUUAUCCGCUUGCGUCAUUGCAGUCGUCGAUGAGGAGCUCGGGAGAUGC